GUAGUGAAAGCAUAACCGACUAACAAGAUGACAGGAUGACGUCCCUAGCACCAAGUAGAUACCCUUUCAGUUUUCCUUCUUCUUCUUCAUCUUAUUCUUAUUAUCACCGUCGCCGCCGUCGCCAACUCUAUCACCACCGUCACUAUAACAAUAAGCAUUAUUAUUAUUAUUAUUAUUAUUAUUAUUAUUAUUGUCAUCAUCAUCAUCAACAUCGUUAUCAUCAUUGUUAUCGCUGUCAUUAUCAUCACCAGCAUCACCAAUUUAACAACAAACAACACCAACCACAGAAUAAUAGCAAUAACAACAUUAUUUAACAAACCUCACCGCUGUACCUACAACAACAACAACAAUAAUAAUAAUAAUAAUAAUAAUAAUAAUAAUAAUAAUAAUAAUAAUAAUAGUAAUAAUAAUAAAUAAAUAAAUAUAGUAAUAAUAAUAAAUAAAGAUAAUAGCUCUUCUGCUUUCAAUGAACUCCCUUAUCGAUAACAAUUACAAAAAUGAACGAACCUCAACGUACCCCUCAAUAACAACAGCAGCAGCAGCAGCAACAGUAGUAGUAGCAGCAGCAGCAGCAGUAGCAGCAGCAGCUGCAAGAUAAACAAAAACAAGGAGAGUAAAGAACAUCCCUUAACGCAACCCCCAUAAAAAAAACAAACACAGGGGAAAAUGAACCCCCUGUAUAAUAACCUCAGAACAGCACCCAUACCAUUGACAAACACAAGAGGGAUCGCUUUAUAGACGGACCUUCUCCUGGUUUUCCUCACCCCCUCGCUCAGUCUUCUUCACACAUAAACACAUACAUAUAUAACACAAGACAGCGUAUACAACAAACAGCAAAAACGCAUAUACACGCAUAUAUACACACACUCGCUAUAUAGCAUUAAACAACACUACGCUGUUGGUUCCAUUGGCGGGUGAUUUUUCUCAUCGACACCACUACCCUCUGAUUCGGGGGGUGAGGAAGGAGAACCGGGAGUUAAGAUACGAUGCUUGGGGUGCUUAAUUUCGAAUGUAUCCUGGAUGACCCCGACCAGGUGUACACUGCAGGUGAUAAGAUCAAAGGCAGCCUCAGUAUACACCUGAGGUCGCCGAUUGCCAUCACAGGUGUUACUAUUUACUUCAAAGGAGCAGCUCGGGCAAAAUGGUGUGAAUUAAUGGACAACGGUAGCAGGAGAACCGAAAUAGAGCAUGAUAAAGAAGAAAUAUAUUUUGAUGACCGAUUCUGCUUGUGGGGCAAAGAUGUUACUUGUGAACAAGAUAACCCAGUCGGUAAGUGGAUUGCUGCAGGGCUAUUUUGUUUGUGUUCAAUGCAUGCAUAUGCUAGGUUUGACAUCUUGUCUGUUUGAUUUGGCUUUUACAUAGAGAGUUCUUGUAGAAAGCAGAUUUAAUGUAGUAACAUUGCCUGCAGCGAUUAUACAUUGUUAGAACCAUUAGACCCCCCAAAGACUGUGAUAAAAUGAAAUCAUUGCUGUUAAUAAUGAAUAGUUUACGUAGAUUUUUAUGACUAUUAAUAAUGCUCCUUUAGUAUAUUAUUGUGUGAUUAUUUACCAGUAUUGAUGUUAUGAUUAUUGUCAUACUGUUAAAAUAAUGUAUUCUUGCCUUACAAAGUUUUGUGUGAUCUCUCUAAAUAUUGGACUUUAUUGAUUUAUCAGCAAUAUUUGUUAAUAUUAAAAAGAAAUCAAUCAAAAGGAAUGUGUAAUUUGUCUUUGUGGAUAAAUAUAUUAGUGUCUUCAUUUCAGGUAUAUUUGAAAUUCUGUUAAAACCAAUCAUUGUUUUGUUUUUUUUUGAAUCAAUUCCUUGUAAUUACCCAAAAUAAAAAAAAAGUGACAGGAAAAUAAACAAGCAAAAACAACAAAGAAAAAAAAUGGAACUGAAUAGAAUUCCUUUCUGUUGGUGUUACUCGAAACCAAUUUGAUGGAGAGCACCUUUUAUCCCACUCACCCCAUAUAUAAAUUAUAUUGUCUAAACAUGAAGUAGAUCAAUCUGGUUUCUGUAAUAUAAGUUUUGAGAUGUUUAUAACUAGUCUGUUAUGAUGUUGUUCAGUAGUGUUGGUCAGCUUUCUCUCUUUCUGAGCAGGCUGAAACUGCAAGAGUUUUUUUAGUCUUAGUUUGUUUGAUGUCUGUGAAGUU